AUGCAGUUGGUAGCUCCUGUAGAGAUCAGGGAUUCUAUUUUUGAGCACUUGCAUACAAGUCGCACGGCUGGUCAUUUUGGCCGUGAUAGAACAUUGGAAACUGUAAGUCGAAGAUUCUAUUGGCCCGGUAUGACAGACACAUUAACUCGCUGGUGUAAAUCCUGUGAUCUUUGUGCUAGAUGUAAACCAGGUCCCUCUAGAUUUGGCUGUCCUUUGCAGUUACAUAGUGACAUGGCUCAGGAAUUUGAGGGAAAAUUAUUCACAGAGGUUUGUAGGUUGUUAGACAUUAAAAAAACUCGUACCACCCCCUAUAGACCUUGUUCCAAUGGUUUGGUAGAACGUUUCAACCGUACAUUAAAACAAAUGCUGUCAAUGUAUGCCCACGAGGGAAAGUUGGAUUGGGAUGAUCACCUGCCCUUCAUAUUAAUGGCCUAUAGGGCUAGUGAACAUAAGAGUACUGGUUGCACGCCGAACCUGAUGAUGCUAGGACGUGAAGUAGAUUGCCCUAUAGAUCUCAUGGUGGGAGGGGUUCCAGAACCGCAUACAGAUAUUUGUACCCUUGAAUAUGUAGAAUGGUUGCGAACAACCAUGCAGGAGACUUUUCAGUAUGCACAUAAACACCUAGAAGUUGCAGCAAAGUCACAGGAAAUAACCUAUGACCGUAACCUGAAGUCUCGAGAAUUCCAAAUAGGUACAUGGGUGUGGCGCUGGUAUCCCCCUAAAGCUGGCCUCAAGCUGGAAUUAGGUUGGACAGGGCCAUAUUUAGUAGUAGACAAACUGUCAUCUUUGACCUACAAAAUUUAA